UUACUUAUUUCGUAGAUUAGAAUUUGUCAAAAGUAAUUUUUUUUCAAAGGGUUGAUUUUUCUUCUUGAAUCUUAAAUCGAAUCAGUUUCUGCCAUUCCUAGUGUCAGAAUUAAAAAAACGCAAAAUGGAUAAGGAAUCGAAAAGAUGGAGCGACGAGGAAACCCGCAAGCUACUCGACUAUAUGGAGCUACAUAAAAAUAUCGAAAAGCCUACGGCUCGAAUUUACUAUAGUAAGCUGAUAGAUGAGACCGGCAUCAGCUGUGCUUGGCAUUCGCUAAAGUACAAAGUGCGCUAUCUGAGGAUGAGUCUGCGGAAGGCGAAUACCCUGGGCAACUUGACUGGAUCUAUGCAGAACGACGAGGCGAUCAAGAAACAAAUUUGUCCAUAUUAUGAGCAGCUGAUGAACAUUUUUGGUCUUGGCAGGGGCCCUGUGGAUCCAGAACACAUAAAGCAACCCAUGGAUUAUGCUGGCAAUAACUUGGAAUUCACCGAUUAUGAUGGCUCCCUCAGCCAAAGCGACGUGGGCAGCUUCAUCUUGGAGCCUUCCGGCUCCGAGUUGGAAGUCAAUCAGGUCAAAAAAGCGCCAAGGCAAGUAAAUAAGAAGAAACGAAAAAAAUGCGAUACGGCCAUGGAUAAGAUAGUGCGCUUAGAAACGGAAAGAAUGGAGUUUCGCGGAAAGCAGCAUCGUCUGGAGGCCGACCGACUAAAAUGGAUGAAACAGGUGGAGGGCAGCAAAUUGCAACUGGAGAUGGAGAAGUUUGAAUGGGCAAAGCAGAUCGAGGAGCAUCGUUUAUCUUUCGAGAAUCGAAAACUCAAGUUGGACGAGAGGAAAAUGGACAACGAAUUUUUACUACGUAAAAUGGAAUUAGAGCUCAAAUAUAAAUGCAAAUAAAUAUUCCAUUUUCUUUGAUUUUUUGAGUCUAAGAAACCAAAGUUUUAAUUAAUUAGAGCUGUAUUUUACAGCAGGGAAUUAAAAUGGUUGUCUGUGUUAACUGAACGUCUUUAACUCAAAUACACCUAACCCACAUAUGUAAAA